AUGUGGGCGUGCGAACCUGCGAUCACGACGACCGUGGUGAACAGCUACCACGCUGCCGGUCCGCUGUUCACGCAAGCUCUGCAGAGUUUCCUCGCAGCACAGUGUGCCUUAGCCGGCGAUCACUUGUGGCCUGCGGAUGCUACCUCUGCCCUUGAGAAUGAUCCGAACUAUGAUUUUAUCGUGGUGGGCGCUGGGUCUGCCGGGGCAGUGGUAGCGAAUCGUCUCAGUGAAAUACCAGAAUGGAAGGUACUUCUCGUUGAGGCUGGAGGGAAUCCUACAUUGGCAACAGAGACUCCACAAUUGUUUUAUAACAAUAUGGGCACUUCCGAAGAUUGGGGUUACAAAACAGAACCACAAGGUAACGCCUGCAGAGGCAGUAAAGGGGGAAGGUGCGCGUGGCCAAGAGGAAAGACUUUAGGAGGCUGCAGCAGCAUAAAUGCUAUGUUCUAUGUAAGAGGCAAUAAAAUUGAUUAUGACACAUGGGCUGCCGAAGGGAAUUACGGUUGGAGAUACGAGGAAGUCCUACCUUUUUUCAUAAAAAGUGAAAAUUAUUCAGGAGAAAUGAACGAGAACACGAAAAAAUAUCAUGGAAAUCAAGGUUACUUGCACGUAGGAAAAGAUGUGGAUGAGCACGAUUUCGAAAAAAUAAUCUUACACGCUGUUAACGAAUUAGGUAUCCCCAUACUGGAUGAUGUCAAUGGCGAUUCUCAAAUGGGUGUAUCAAGAACUUGGGCAACAAUAAAAGAUGGAUUGAGACAUAGUACAGCAAGGGCUUUCUUAAGUCCUAUUAAGGACAGAAAGAACUUACAUGUUAUUAAAAAUGCACUUGUUACACAACUUCUUUUUAAAACCAAUGAAAAUACAGUUACCGGGGUACUAAUACACAAAGACGGCAAAAAAAUCUCAGUAAACGUAAGGAAGGAAGUCGUUGUAUCGGCGGGUGCUAUAAAUACUCCACAGUUACUUCUUCUAUCUGGAAUAGGUCCCUCCAAACAUUUAAAAGAUUUAAAAAUUGAUAUUAGGACCGAUUUACCCGUUGGACAAAAUUUACAAGACCAUCUGUUAAUCCCGUUUUACUAUUCUUUACCUGGUGAUAGUAAUCUUACUUUAGAUAAAAUUGGACUAGAAUUCAUGCGUUAUGUUACUACGAAAGAAGGUCCAUUCUCUAACACCAGCCCACAUAGAAUUAUAACAUUUAUAAAUACUACUGAUGAAAAAUCAAAUAGCCCUGACAUGCAGUUUCAUUACCUCAUGUUUCCACCUGGACUAUACAAUUUAAUCGAUAUCUUAGAUUAUCACGGAUUCACUGAUGAAAUACAAGAAAAGUAUCGUAAGAUAAAUGACAAUCACGUCAUUAUGGUUAUUUAUGCAGUUGUAUUAUAUCCAAAAUCGAGAGGAAAAAUUGUUCUUAAAAGUAAAGAUCCUUUUGAAUAUCCAUUAAUUUAUGCAAACUAUUUCGAUGAUCCAGAAGACUUAAAUACAGUAAUGAGAGGAUUUAAGCAGCACAUCUCGAAGCUGGGCGAAACGAAAACUUUUAAAAAAUCCGGUUUGAAGCUACAAUGGUUAGAUUUAGAUGCAUGUAAAAAGUACGAAAAGGGUAGCGAUGAACAUUUAGAAUGUUACAGUAGAGAGAUGACUUUCUCUUUAUAUCAUCCCACGAGUACUUCAAAAAUGGGGUCCAUUAACGAUCAACAUGCCGUUGUCGACCCGGAGUUGAGGGUUAAUAACUUAAAAAAUCUUAGAAUAGCAGACGCAAGCAUAAUGCCUACAAUCGUUAGAGGCAACACAAAUGCACCAACAAUAAUGAUAGGCGAAAAGGGGGCUGAUUUAAUUAAAAAAACAUGGUUGAACACACACAGUGAACUUUAG